AUGUCUCCCCACAGAACAGAUUCAAUGGAUACCCAAGACAAUAUCAGGAAGCGUGUCUGCAAGGCUUGCGACCGCUGUAGGUUGAAGAAGUCAAAGUGCGAUGGAGCCAGUCCUUGCAGCAGGUGUAAAGCCGACAACGCCAUUUGUGUUUUCGGGGAGAGGAAGAAGUCGCAAGACAAAGUUUACCCCAAAGGAUAUGUCGAGAUGCUUGAGCAACAACAAACGCAACUCGUAGCUGGCCUGCGUGAGCUCUACAGUCGCCUACAAAAGGGCGAGAGCUGGCCAGGGCAGCCACUGCGCGAAACGUCGGGAGGACACCCACUGACGCAUGACAUUCUUGAGCGCCUCGACCUCCUACACCCAUCGACCGAAAGCAGCAGCAGCAGCAAUUACGACAGAUUCGAAGACGAUUGCAAUCGAAUGCAACAAAAGCUCCUUGAACGCGGUGCACCCUUUACACAACGGCGGGGAUCCGUCAGCUCGGAUUCAGAGCACGGUCACACUUCUUCGCCGUCAUCGCAUACCGAGACCCCUACCACAAGAUCGUCCUUUGCGUAUGCCAGCCCCUUUGUGCGCAACAACGCACCACCAACACCGCCCAUGAACAGCCCAUUCCCAAGGCAGUCCCAAAUGGUGUCUCCUGUGAAGCAAGAACCGAGGAUGAUGUCCCCGACUUUCAUGGACGCGAGUGCUUUGGACCCUUCCUCACUCUCGAGAACGCCGUGGAUGAAUGAUUCGAUGAUGAUGGACGAGCCAGUCGACUUCAGUAAGCCAAUGUAUGGAUUCGACAAUUUCGGGAAUUUCGACCAUACCAUGAUGGUCGAUCCACUCGUCAUGAACGACCCCAUGAUGCCCGACUGGAAUAACGCGAAUGAAUUGGACUUCAACAACUUCCUCCAAAAUCCAGUUGGCACCUAG